AUGGCAUCAGGGAUUAUUGUAUCCACACAUAUGGAUGACAUGUUUGUUGAUAUUGCCAUUCAAUCUGUAAAUGAAAUUUCUUCAGAGGACAGAGACUCAGAGUCUGAACUACCUGAAUCUGCAAGUAAUGGUGAAACAAACUUAUCCAGCAAACUAAUAAAUCAUGUCAUCAAGUGGAGGAAAGAUCGUCUUGCUGCAGCAAAUUUGAACAAAAGGAAACAACCAGAUGAUGAUAAACCAAAUGCUGAGAAAAUUAAAAAACAUGUGACGGUAACUACUGUUGGAAACAGUUCAGGUGGAAAGGGUACAGAAAUUCCAGGGAACAGUUCUGGUGGUAAGAGUACAGAAAUUCCAAGGAAAGGGAGUUCUGGUGGUAAGAGUACAGAAAUUCUAAGGAAAGGGGGUUCUGGUGGUAAGAGUACAGAAAUUCCAAGGAAAGGGAGUUCAGGUGGUAAGAGUACAGAUAAUCCAGGGAACAGUUCUGGUAGUAAGAGUACAGAAAUUCCAAGGAAAGGGAGUUCAGGUGGUAAGAGUACAGAAAUUCCAAGGAAAGGGAGUUCAGGUGGUAAGAGUACAGAAAUUCCAAGGAAAGGGAGUUCUGGUGGUAAGAGUACAGAAAUUCCAAGGAAAGGGAGUUCAGGUGGUAAGAGUACAGAUAAUCCAGGGAACAGUUCUGGUAGUAAGAGUACAGAAAUUCCAAGGAAAGGGAGUUCAGGUGGUAAGAGUACAGAAAUUCCAGGGAACAGUUCUGGUGGUAAGAGUACAGAAAUUCCAAGGAAAGGGAGUUCUGGUGGUAAGAGUACAGAAAUUCCAAGGAAAGGGGGUUCUGGUGGUAAGAGUACAGAAAUUCCAAGGAAAGGGAGUUCUGGUGGUAAGAGUACAGAAAUUCCAAGGAAAGGGAGUUCAGGUGGUAAGAGUACAGAAAAUCCAAGGAAAGGGAGUUCUGGUGGUAAGAGUACAGAAAUUCCAAGGAAAGGGGGUUCUGGUGGUAAGAGUACAGAAAAUCCAAGGAAAGGGAGUUCUGGUGGUAAGAGUACAGAAAUUCCAAGGAAAGGGGGUUCUGGUGGUAAGAGUACAGAAAAUCCAAGGAAAGGGAGUUCUGGUGGUAAGAGUACAGAGAUUCCAAGGAAAGGGGGUUCUGGUGGUAAGAGUACAGAAAAUCCAAGGAAAGGGAGGUCUGGUGGUAAGAGUACAGAAAUUCCAGGGAACAGUUCUGGUGGUAAGAGUACAGAAAUUCCAAGGAAAGGGAGUUCUGGUGGUAAGAGUACAGAAAUUCCAAGGAAAGGGAGUUCAGGUGGUAAGAGUACAGAUAAUCCAGGGAACAGUUCUGGUAGUAAGAGUACAGAAAUUCCAAGGAAAGGGAGUUCAGGUGGUAAGAGUACAGAAAUUCCAAGGAAAAGGAGGUCUGGUGGUAAGAGUACAGAAAUUCCAAGGAAAGGGGGUUCUGGUGGUAAGAGUACAGAAAUUCCAAGGAAAGGGAGUUCAGGUGGUAAGAGUACAGAUAAUCCAGGGAACAGUUCUGGUGGUAAGAGUACAGAAAUUCCAAGGAAAAGGAGGUCUGGUGGUAAGAGUACAGAAAUUCCAAGGAAAGGGAGUUCAGGUGGUAAGAGUACAGAUAAUCCAGGGAACAGUUCUGGUGGUAAGAGUACAGAAAUUCCAAGGAAAAGGAGGUCUGGUGGUAAGAGUACAGAUAAUCCAGGGAACAGUUCUGGUGGUAAGAGUACAGAAAUUCCAGGGAACAGUUCUGGUGGUAAGAGUACAGAAAUUCCAAGGAAAAGGAGGUCUGGUGGUAAGAGUACAGAAAUUCCAAGGAAAGGGAGUUCUGUUGGUAAGAGUACAGAUAAUCAAGGGAACAGUUCUGGUGGUAAGAGUACAGAAAUUCCAGGGGACUGUUCUGUUGGUAAGAGUACAGAAAUUCCAGGGAACAGUUCUGGUGGUAAGAGUACAGAAAUUCCAAGGAAAGGGAGUUAUGUUGGUAAGAGUACAGAUAAUCCAGGGAACAGUUCUGGUGGUAAGAGUACAGAAAUUCCAGGGAACAGUUCUGGUGGUAAGAGUACAGAAAUUCCAGGGAACAGGUCUGGUGGUAAGAGUACAGAAAUUCCAGGGAACAGGUCUGGUGGUAAGAGUACAGAAAUUCCAGGGAACAGUUCUGGUGGUAAGAGUACAGAAAUUCCCAAGUUCAAAAGUUUUGUGUUGAUGGAGUAUUCCAACGAACAAUUAUAUUGGGGAAUUUUACAAACGGCUGACAUGACAAAUGAUUUCAUCAUAAGGAACACUUGCAAACCAUUUUACAAAGACCAGAAAGUUUCAAUUGACGAAUUCGAGAUGAAAAUCAGUACCCGAGAUUAUGAAGUAAAUCCUGACAUGAAAUAUUGUGUAUGGAAACUUGCUUGUGAAAACCAGUUCAUUAAACUUUUACCUAAAGGGAAAUUUGGAACAAUAGUAAUGAAAGACGACCACAUGAAGGACAUGUUUUUCAAGGAAUUUCAGAAGAAUUUGGAAAAAUACUGA